AUGAGCACCCUUACAUUUGCGAACGGUGCCUUGAGCUCUCCGGUGACCCUAUUUGCUGACACCUUUGGAUUUGCAUCUUCCACCAGCAGCACAACGUUUCUUACUGCAACAGGAUGGUUUCAUGGUGAGGGGUAUCAGGAGGGGUAUGCUGAAGGCAGUCAUGUUGGAGUUGUCGAGGGAAGGAGGUAUGGAUCGCUCCAUGGUGCCAAGAUCGGGUCUGAGAUUGGCUGCUACCUUGGGUUUGCACUGACAUGGCAAUGUCUGCUCCAGAAAUGCAUGGAUGAAAAGAACAGCAAAAAGAUAAGGGCUCUGGAUUCGUUAAUAAGGAUGAUUCAGAAAUUCCCUUAUGAAGACCCCACUUAUGAUAAGCUGCAAGAAGAUCUGGAAAAAAUCAGAGGAAAAUUUAAACAGGUUUGUUCAAUGCUAAAUAUUCAGUCUGAUUUUAGAAUCGGUACUGAAAGAUCUUCACUAACAUUUUGAAUAUAACAGAUGAAGAUAAACAUGGAUGACCAAAGAAGAAACAUUAAAACUGGAUAACUGGAAAAA